GGGGGGGCUCUGUGGGGGACCCAUGGGUAUGUAGGAACUCUAUGGGGCACCCAUGGGUGCAGGAGGCUCUAUGCGUCAGCUCUGGGCAUAGGGUGAACACGGGGCACCCAUGGGUGCUGUGGGUCAAUGCAAAGGAUGGGGAGGCUCAGUGGGGUGUCCAUGGGUGUGGGAGGGGUCUGCGGGCCACCCUUGGGUGUGGGGGGCUGGGGGCACCCCUGGGUGUGAGCGGACCCCCCCAUGCCUGCGGGUGCCCACAGGUGGUGCUGAACUGCCCGCUGGGACGGGGGCUGCGCUACAGCCAGGCCACCCCCCAGUUCCACCAGUGGCGGGAAGCACGCCGGGUCUGGGGUCUCAGCUUUGGGGCCCCCCGUGAGGCCGCCCUCUUUGCCACUGCUGUCCUGCGGGCCCUGCGGGCACUGGAGGAGGGCACCCCCCUGUCCUGGCCGGACCCUGAUGGUCCAGCUCCGGAGGAGCCUGAGCAGCAGGAGAGGCAGGCACUGGAGGAGCCCGAGCGUCGUGUGGGCGGCACCCAGGCCGUGCCCACUGGAGGCCCCCCCACCCCCUGGCCCUCCACCGCCUCCGGGGCCCCCCCCCACCCCCAGGCCCUCCGCCAGCCACAGGGGUCCCGCCGGCCCCCCCCUUGCCAGUGGCAGCGACUGCUGCUGCUGGGGGGGGGCCCGGGGGGGGCUCCGGCCUUACCGCUGCCAUCGCGGGGGCUAAACUCAGGAAAGUCAGCAAGGAUGAAGCGACGGGUGCGGGGGGCCCCCCCUGCACCCCCCAAGGGCGAGGGUGCCCGUGGGGGGGCUGGGGGGGGGUUGAUGGAGGAGAUGAGUGCCAUGCUGGCCCGACGGAGGAAAGCCACCUUGCAGGGGGACAAGCCAGCACCAAAGAAGGACGAGGAUGUCACCAGUGACGAGGCGGAGCCGGGCACUAGGACCUCGGGGCAGCCUGCGGAGCCCGUGCGGAGGCCCUGGGAGAAGGCCAGCUCCACGCUGCCCAGGAUGAAGUCGGCAGUCCCAGCUGCCCUCGCUGACACCCCCGGCCCCGCUGAUGAGCCCGACCUGGAGCGAAUCAAACAGGAGCUGCUGGAGGAGGUGCGGAGGGAGUUGCAGAAGAUGAAGGAGGAGAUCAUCGAAGCAUUCGUGGUGGAACUGCGGAAGCGAAGCGCACCCUAGCCCCCCCCCCCCCCAGCCCUCCCAAGAUGGGCCUGGAUGGGGGGGGUCCCCCCCUACUUCCCCUCCCCUAGCCUCACCUCCCCCCCCCCCCCCCCCAUUUCACACCCCCACCGCCCUGGCGGGGCCACUCUGGGCCAGACCCCCCCCCAGGCUGUGCCUUACCGGCUGGGGGGGGGGGCCAAAGCAGCCCCCCCCCACACUGUGCCCCCCCACCGCCAGUUUGGGGACCCCCUUUUUUUUAACACUGGGGGGGGCAAAUGAGGGGUGCCCCCCCUUCCCCCCCGGGGGUCUUUUUUAUGCCACUUUUGGGUUUUUCACUGUUUUUUUGUUUUGUUUUAUUUGAGGGGGGGAGGUGGGGUGUCCCCUUCCCCUGCCAUGAAUAAAUGUGGUGGUUUUGUAUGUGACACCCACCCAUGUCC